CAUUUUGUUUGCAGACAUUGUGGGGUUCACUAGUUUGGCAUCACAGUGUACUGCCCAAGAGCUGGUGAAGCUGUUGAAUGAGCUGUUUGGCAAAUUUGAUGAAUUAGCUACAGAAAACCACUGCAGAAGAAUAAAAAUCCUAGGGGACUGUUACUACUGUGUAUCAGGAUUGACCCAACCCAAAACAGAUCAUGCCCAUUGCUGUGUUGAAAUGGGACUGGAUAUGAUUGACACCAUCACAUCUGUUGCAGAAGCCACAGAGGUUGAUCUCAACAUGAGAGUUGGAUUGCAUACAGGCAGGGUGCUUUGUGGGGUCCUCGGUCUUCGAAAAUGGCAAUAUGACGUCUGGUCAAAUGAUGUGACUUUAGCUAAUGUAAUGGAAGCUGGAGGACUGCCUGGGUAA